AUGCUCGCCUUAUUGCCGAAGAAGGGGGACCUCCACGAUUUACUGAAUUGGCGUCCCAUCUCGCUCCUCAGCACGGACUAUAAAAUCGUAGUGAAGGCCAUCUCGCUGCGGCUAGGGAGGUUGGCAGGGUUGGUGCUGCAGGAGCCGGAGCUGCGGCUGGUCCUGUCGGUGUACGCCAACGACGUGCUCCUCGUGGUCCAGGACCCGGGCGACUUGCCCAGCGACCCCGUGCAGCUGGUGGUAGCAGGGCGUGAAUUUCCCAAACCCACCAUUUCGGUGAGCCCCAGCAGGGUGGUGGCGCUCGGGGGAAGCGUCACCAUCCGCUGUGAGGGUUUGUACCCGGGCAUGGAGUUCUUUCUGCAUAAAGCUGGACACCCGAAGCUGCACGUGCCAUUGGUGGUACCUAAUGGAACCGUGGCUGAAUUUCCCAACCCCAGUGUCAGCCGGGAACAUGGAGGGAGCUACACCUGCGAAUAUCGCUCCAUAACAGAUCAGAGUCGCUGGUCGUAUCUCAGCAACCCCGUCGAGAUCAUUGUAGCAGAUCCCAGCUAUCCCAAACCAAACAUCUCCCUGAGACCCAGCGGGGGGGUCUCCCUGGGGAAAUGGGUGACCAUCCGGUGUUGGGGGCAGCACCAGGGCAUGCGGUUCGUGCUGAAUAAAGAGGGACGCCAUUUCCCACCUGUGGAUUCGGACGGGUUUGGGGCUGUGUUUUCCUUCAGCAUCGUGUGCCAGGAGGACGGUGGGAGCUACAGCUGCUCCUAUCACAGCAGAUCGGAGCCGUUCGCCGUGUCGUACCCCAGUGACCCCAUGGAGCUGGUGCUGAGAGAGCUCCCUCCGCCCGGACCCUCCAUCUCCAUCAGCCCCAGCGGGGUGAAUGCCCCGGGGCGAGUCAUCACCAUCCGCUGUCAGUGCUGGUGUGAGGCCAGGAGGUUAUUGCUGUAUAAAGGUGGAAUCCGAAUCCAGGAGGUGGAUGCUGAUGGGGACGGGGGUGAAUUCACCAUCCCCAAUGCCAGGCAGGCAGACUCAGGGGUCUACAGCUGCCGAUCUCGCUCCAGAGCAGAGCCGCCCAACUGGUCGGAUCCCAGUGAUUACAUGCGGAUUGUUGUAGCAGAGCUCAGCUACCCCAAGCCCUCCAUCUCCCUGAGCUCCAGCAGGGGGGUCACCCUGGGGGUAACCAUGACCGUCUGGUGUUGGGAUCUGUACCAGAACCCCCCUCCCCUGUCCCCGGACUCAACGCUGUCACCCCACUAG